ACUAGAACAGUUCGUUCCUCAGAGCACAGAGAGGAUAUCGAAAUCAAAGCUUAACUAUAUAUAAAAUUAUAUGUAGACGCACACAUAUAUAUACGUACAGAUAUAUAUAUAUAUAUAUAUAUAUCGAAAGAGAGAUGGAUAAGUCUGUGGCGACGCUUGAUAAAGGCACAAUCUGCUCUUCCUGGAACUACUGUGGCCAGAGAUUGGCUACUGGAUCGGUCGAUGGAACCUUGGCCAUUUUCGAUUCCAUUGAUCCAGCUUCUUCAUCAUUCACCUGCACUUCUAGAUCUAGGGUUCACAACGCCAGCAUUGUGAAAGUUGUUUGGAUUCCUCCAGAAUAUGGGGAUGCAGUUGCAUGCAUUUGUGCGGAUGGAACUUUAUCGUUGUGGGAGGAAAUUGCUGAAGAUACAAAACCUUUUCAAUGGAAACUGUGCAAAUUAUUUGAGAGACAUGCAAAUCAAGUGUUAGAUAUCCAAUUUGGAGUUUGUGUCACAAGUUUGAAACUGGUCGCUGCAUAUUCAGAUGGCCAUGUGAAAGUUUAUGAGCUUUUAGAUCCCUUGGAACUGACAAAUUGGCAACUUCAGGCUGAAUUUCAAAAUUCUAUUGACUCAGUAUCAAAAUUUGGAAAGGCUUCAUGUUUGUCUGCAUCCAUCUCUUGGAACCCAGUAAGAGGUGAAAACCAGCAAUCAAGCUUUGCUCUGGGUUUUAAUUCGGAUAUGCCAGAACUCAAUUCCUCCAAGGUUUGGGAAUUUGAUCAGGAUCAUCAAAGAUGGCUUCCAGUUGCAGAGUUGGCAUUGCCUGGGGACAAGGGAGAUCAGGUUUACUCUGUUGCAUGGGCACCGAACAUUGGCAGGCCAUACGAGGUAAUAGCUGUUGCAACUUGCAAGGGAAUUACAAUAUGGCAUCUUGGAUUGAACCCUGAAGUUGAUGGACGGCUCUCAGUGGACAAGGUUGCAUUGCUUUCCGGUCACAAGGGCGAGGUGUGGCAGAUGGAGUGGGACGUCAGUGGAAUGACACUUGCAACUACUGGUAGUGAUGGAAUGGUGAAGUUGUGGCAGUCAAAUUUAAAUGGUGUUUGGCAUGAACAGGCUGCAUUUGAACCUACCACGUAGCCCUAGACCGCCUCAUUCUCGUCUGAAUUGAAUGUGCAACAGUGAUCUUCUCUACUGUACUUAUUUGUUAAGAAUACAUAGUUUCUGUAUUGUGGUUUUGCAGCUCACAUUUGUGACUUUCAAUUUUGAUUAAGCUGUAGCAUUUUUCUGCUUGCUAGGAAAACUAUUUUGUUGGUAAAUUUGGAAUUUCAGCGCAAUGAUCAAUUUACAACUUUAUUUCUUGGCCGUUCAUUUUUCC